AUGAUCCUCGCCUUUGUGGGUGGAGUGGGGGUGUUCCUAGUGUUACUGCCCUUCCUCCCAGAUAAUCCAUCCCUACCACCUCCAGCCCCACUCAGGAAGAAGAAACGUUCCAGAAAGGUGAGAGAUCCUCAAGUCGCAUGCCAGAAAGAAAAACUCUCGCUUUCUUCUACUCUUCUUUCAACUACUUUUCCAAAUGCUGAAAUCAAACCCUUUUCAGUGACCAAAGACCAGACUCCAUUGAGCCUUCUGCAUACGCAGCUUCUUCGGGAGGAAGCAGAAGGGAUUUAUGACCUGGAUUCACUUCUGCAUAGCCACCUGUGCAAUCUCCUAGAUGGUAACAGAUUUAAUCAAUUCCCAGAAGAUGCCCCUGGUGAGACAGUCCAACCAUCAUCUGCUAGAGCUGACUGCUCAAUUAGGCAGCCUUUGGAGUUUGUCACCACUUCAUCCUUCAUGGUUUCCCAAGCUCCUUCAUCUGAGCACCUCCCAUCUCUGACCUCUACCUUGUCACAAGGUCUGAAGACUCUUCCAGGUUCUCUUGGGUCACAGUCCCCGGUAAGGGCCUCUUCACCACCAGAGCCUUCGGGCCCUCUGGGAUACCCCUCACCGCAACCAUUUUCAACUUCCUCUUCCCCAUUGCAUUCUCCUGGCCCCAAGGCCAGCCACAACCUUUGCCCCACCCUGGCCUGGCUCUUCCUCAGCAGGAUUCAUCCCUCCUCCCUCUGUGGACCAUCCGACAGAGCUCCUCUCCACCCAACCAGUGCUCAUUGCCUUCGCCUGUCCCAGCAAUUUCAACUCUUGGCCACUCUGUCUGUGACAUCUCAGGCCUUCCCCAGUGUCAGGAGCCUCCCAGAGCCUUAUGUCACUCCAGCAUUACCAAGAGUGAAGCCCAGAGAGGUCAGGUUAUCGGCCAAGUCCCAGAAACAUCAUUCCUGGCAGACACUGCCCCGACACAGGUGGAAAAUGGUAGUCCCCAUUUCUUCAAUCCUGCUGUCCAGAAGGUGCUAG